UGCGCCCGGCCGGAGGGGCGCCGCCUCUCACGCGCUGGGGCAUGACCCCCCGGACCCAGGCGACCCCAGCUCUGGUGUCACCCGGCGCCCGGGCCUGGGCAGAGGGCACCUGCUUGCUCUCAGGGGACACAGCUGCCCCAGCGCCCGCCCGCGGGCCGCGUCUGUUUGCUUUGGAGACAGGUCGGGUCUCCUGUCACCCGGGCAGCCUGGGCCGUCAGGUGGCGUGGGGCUGUGCGGGUGGGGGCCAGGGACAUCUGUGGCCUCAGGCUCGACUCACCCACACCAGUGACUGGGCCCCGCUCCCGGACGCCCGUCGUGACCAGGGAAACUGAGUCUCAGUGGCAAGGGCCAGUGGACCCGGUUUCCUCUUGGCCCCAGGGGUCCGGUCCCCGGCCCCUCCCCUGACCUGGGCAUCUCCCCGCAGGGGUCCAGACCCCACCCCCGGCCGGCAGCCCGGGACCACGCGGCCGCCGAUCCCUGCAGCGAUGCCCGGGACGCAGGCAGAAGAGCAGGAGGCGGCGGGGUCUGCGGAGGACGGCGCGGCCGAGGACCUGGGCGGGCUCACCCCGGAGGAGCUCCGCGAAGGCCAGGAGGCGGCCCUGGCGCUGGAGGACAUGAUGGCCCUGAGCUCCCAGACGCUGGUCCACGCCGAGGUGGACGAGCUGUACCAGCAGGUGCGGCCCCUGGGCCAGGGCCGCUACGGCCGCGUCCUGCUGGUCACCCACCGUCAGAAAGGUACGCCCCGCGGGCGGCAGCGGCACCCACUGGGCCCUCCCCGAGCGCCCACUCGCCGCCCCCGGAGCCCGGCAGCAGCUGUGCAGGCGUGUGGGCGGGCCCUGGUGCGGCCGGCGGAGCCCAUCCAGCCCGCCCUGGACGCCUGGGCGCUGGGGGUCCUGCUCUUCUGCCUGCUCACCGGCUACUUCCCCUGGGACCAGCCCCUGGCGGAGGCCGACCCCUUCUACGAGGACUUCCUGGUCUGGCGGGCCUCGGGCCAGCCGGGCGACCGGCCGCAGCCCUGGGCCGGCCUGGCGCCCGCCGCUGACGCUCUCCUGGGGGGCCUGCUGCACCCCCAGCCCCGCAAGCGCAGCGCCGUGAGCUGUGUCCGCGGCUACCUGGGGCAGCCCUGGAGGCAGCAGGAGGGGCCCGAGGGGGUGGGGCGGUAGGAGGGCCUCAGGGACCCCACACUGGGCCCCCUGCCCCAGGGCCGCGGCGGUGCUGCGCCUGCCUCGCUGGGCUUGCUGCCCCUCCUCCCCCGCCCACCUCACCCAGCGCCCCCGCGCCCUGCACCGGCCAGCCCCCGGCCCGCCAAGGACGCCGUCUGGUCUCGCAGGCCCUCGCCGUGGCUCCGGCGCCCACCCUGCCCUGUGCUGCCCCCCCAGAGGCGCCCCAGCGCGGCCCCCCAGCGCGUCUGCACCGAGUCUGCUGCUUCGCCGGGCACCGGCCAAUAAAGCUCCGGCCCA